UACUGACACGAGUAUAAACUAGUGACGUCAUAUAUAUAUAGUCAUGCAGUUACAUAAAAAAACAUAAAAAUGCUUUAAUUUUUCGGCUAAAUAUUUUAUGACAGAUUUUUAAAAAGUCAAUAUUCUUUCGCAACACGGUUCAAAUAAAAUAGUUGCCAGUUUUUCAUUAUUUAUUUGUAUUUUGUUUACUUUGUUUAUUAAAAAUACUCCUAAUUUUAAUUUUUCAAUAGUCAAUCGCAUUUGCAGAUAUCAUGUAUGUAGAAUGUCUACAUUAUUUAGUAUCGAUAAAAGAUUAUUAAUCGAAAAUCAUUUACACCUUACAUGCAGUAAUGGCAACACUGUUUGCACUCAAGCAAGGCAGCAAAAAAUAAAUAAAAGCAUCGACAUAUCAAUGUUUUGUAUAUUUCAUUUCUGUAAAUUAGUUUAACAUAUAUAGACAGAACUAUUUUCAUUUUGCGUGCAUAAAAAUACUGUGAGAAAAUACACUUGAUCGAUAGGGAAUGUCAAUGCACUUAAAAAGCAUACAAAUGACGCUCGUUGGUCUUGCUGCUCGUAAACUUUCUAUAAAAAAGCGUAAUGCCACACUGGCGGCUGCUUUCCCAAAUGGUGUACGUUGUCAGAAAUGCUUACAGCUUGGACACUGGUCUUAUGAAUGUAAAGAGAAACGUAAAUAUGUGCAUCGGAGUUCACGUACCAAACAACUUAAAAAACGCCUGGCAGAAAAAGCAAGCACUGAAAGUAAUGACAGUGGCACAACUAGCGCAUUGACAAAAUCAGGAAAAGCAAAGCGGUCAAAGCGUACACGAACUUCUUCCGGAUCUUCAGCAGGCAAUGCUUCGAAGGGAUCAAAUUCAGACACACAGUCUUCCUCAGGCUCAAACGAUAGUAGUUCGUCAGAUUCAGACGAAGAUUCUUCUAGUGAUAGCAGUUCUUCAGGUUCAGAUAGUGAUAGUGAUAGUAGUGAUACCGGUUCUGGCAGUGAUUCUAGCGAGUCAGGCACAAGUAAUUCGAGCGAUUCAAGCGACUCAUCCAGCUCCGAUGAGGCACCAAAAAAGAAAAGAAGCCGACGUACCUCCAGUUCAUCCAGUGAUGAUGACAUUUGAUUGAAUCAUUAUCAAAACAACACAUAUUCAGAGAAGAACCAUAAUUAGCUUUAGUAGUAUAAGUUGGUAAUGCAAAACACUGAUGUCAUAUUGUUCUUGAAACACUUCAUUCAAAUGUAUUUAUAUAGGUAAACAAUUCUUUAGUGACACAAAACUUGCAGGUUAUUUCAGUUAUAUGGUUUUCCUUAAAACCAUAGAUUAUGCCAGGUAAAAAAUAGUAUAAUAAUUAAUGUAUAAUUAUCCAACUUUAAACUACUUCUAUACAUAAACCCCAAAUGAUUUCAUUUCAACCAUUCUUGCUUUAAACUAUAAAUGUGUGUAUGUAUCUUUAUUUAGGUUGAAUUCUCAAAAUGUUAGAUAUUACAUUAUUAAACUUAGUAAACAUCAGCUAAAUAAAUAGAAAAAAACGAAUUGCA